AGAAAUUUCUUUUCAGAUUUUUAUUUAUAAUUCGUAGUGAUAAUUCCCGCCUAAUACUCGAUUUAAAUAUCGAGAUUGAGAUUGAACAUAUCGAUACAGCAUCAUCGUUGGCGCUACAAAAAUAUUUUUAGCAGCUGAUUUUAUUGCAUGGGUUUUAGUCGAAAUUUUUAUCAAUAAUGGUUUAUUAUUUUACAAGCGAAGUGGUGCAGCCACCCAUUACAUUGUUUAUGGGAGUUGAUAAAUAUGAGAAUGAAGAUCUUAUCAAGUGGGGUUGGCCAGAAGAUGUAUGGUUUCAUGUUGAUAAAUAUUCUUCUGCUCAUGUGUAUCUUCGACUUCGACAAGGUCAGACAAUAGAUGACAUUCCCAGCACUGUGUUGGAAGAUGCCGCACAAUUAGUAAAGGCAAACAGUAUAGAAGGGAACAAAAUAAAUGAUAUCGAUGUAGUAUAUACAAUGUGGUCAAAUUUGAAAAAAACACAAGGCAUGGAGGUUGGUCAAGUUGGUUUCCAUAAGGACAAAGAAGUUCGUAAGAUUCAUGUUGCCAAACGAAUGAAUGUUAUUGUGAAUCGUCUUAGUAAGACAAAACGUUCUGAAGAAGUAAACUUUAGAGCUGAGAGAGAAGAGAGAGAUAAAAUUGAACGAGAAGAUAAAAAGAAGCUCUUAAGAGAGCAGAAAGAAAGGGAAAAGGCAGAGGAAAAACGACGUCAGGAAGAAGCAGAGAUGAGGAGUUAUAAUUCUCUAUUUAAUACAUCUAAUAUGACUUCAAACACGGAAAACAGUGGAUAUGAUUCGGAUGAUUUCAUGUGAUGAAAUUAAUAUUAGCAUUUGUAAUAUUUGUGCCUCAUCCUCCAUCUAUAACAAAAAGUGUGCAAAAGAAGAAAAUUGAAGUGUGUAAAAAAACAUUCAGGUACAAUUAUUUAACUGAUUUAUAAGCUCUUUUCCAAAUAUUUUUAUAAAAGAUAUCUGAUCUCUAUAUGAAUUAAUGUAGAUUAUGCUUGUUUAUGAUUAGAGAUUUUAUUUAUAAAUUAAAAAAAAGCACUAGUUAAUUCAUGAUUGUACAUUGAUAGCAAAUAAUAUUAUUCGAUAUAUACAUAGAGUGGCAAAUAUUUAUAUACAUAUAUUAUUG